CAGAUAUAGUGAAUGCAGGGUCCGGGGAGAGCGGAUAUAGUGAAUGCAGGGUCCGGGGAGACCAGAUAUAGUGAAUGCAGGAUCCGGGGAGAGCGGAUAUAGUGAAUGCAGGGUCCGGGGGAGACCAGAUAUAGUGAAUGCAGGGUCCGGGGAGACCAGAUAUAGUGAAUGCAGGGGUCCGGGGAGACCAGAUAUAGUGAAUGCAAGGUCCGGGGAGAGCGGAUACAGUGAAUGCAGGGUCCGGGGAGACCAGAUAUAGUGAAUGCGGGGUCCAGGGAGAGCGGAUAUAGUGAAUACAGAGUCCAGGGAGAGCGGAUAUAGUGAAUGCAGGGUCCGGGGAGA